CCAUCACAACCCCCCAUUGCUUGAAUAAAACGAAAUUAAAAAAAUGUCUGAUUACUGGGUCUCGCAGACACGACAUUGGUGUAAAUAUUGUAAAAAAUAUAUACAAAACAAUAAACCUUCGAUUCAAAUUCAUGAAAGCGGCCGAUCGCAUAAAGAUAACGUAGAACGCUUCUUACGAGAUGUAUAUAAGAAGGGAAAGCAAAAUGAGGAAGAUGCUAAUAAUGUGCGUCAAGAAUUAGAACGCAUAGAAAAGGCAGCGUUAGGCUCUCUUAGUGCAGAGGAAAGACUGAAAUACCUGAACAGUAGUCGAUCAACGUCAUCCAUACCGCCCACUUCUUCGCCACAGUCAGGCUUUUAUCCUACGCCUGCGCAUCCUAUUCCUACCAUUGAAGAACUACGUCAACAAGCGGAAGAGGAAAAGAAACAAAAAGAGCAGCCCAAGUUAGAAGGACGCGAAGAAUGGGCAGUGAACAAGGAGAUAGCUAAAGUAGGUGAUUGGGAAAUAGUACAAUCGACGACAACAACAACAACAACGACAACAACAACGACAUCCAAGAGAGACUCGAGUCACACUAGCAAAACGACCAAGGCAACCACCGAUCAUGUUCCCGAGAUACCAGAAGAUGAGGAAGAUGAUCAAGAGGACUUACGCAACUUCAAAAUAAAAGAAAAAGAAUAUCCAACCGACUUGAACUUACUGGCGGAAGAAGACAAUCACCAUAACGAUGCCUCAGAAGAUAAAGUUGUGUUUAAAAAACGAAAACUAGGCGAUGGCAACGCAGGCAUCUUGUCUCGAUUCAAAAAGAAGAAACCGCUUAGAAAAAAAGAUUAAAUCACAGGGUUUUUCUG